AUGAAGGGUGAGGACGGGUCCGCUAGCUCUGCUGAAGAGAUGACAUCUUCUCGAAGAGAGGAAGAUGGACUGCGGAUGACCGUACUGCUCCUUGUCACGCCACCAAAGCGGGAUGCUGAGCAUGGAGCUGGGAGGUCUGGGGGAGCUCCACCCACACUCCCUCCAGGUCCACCACAGCAUGAUAUCCGAGGAGCCCAAGAAGAGUGA